GUAAGUGAUGUAGAGCCCAGGGGUCAGUAGCAAGUGAUGGGGAGUCAGCAAUGGCAGCCUACAGAACUCUCCCGUAACAGUUGCACACACAGACCCAGACAUGAUCAUAGGGGAUGGGAGUUCCUGUGACUGAGAAUAUAAUGAUGGAAUAAUCACACAGUCACUUCUUUAGCUGACACUCUCUACUAAACUGUUGGGACCCAAAACGGCGGGAGGAAAGUAGAUGUCUGAUGUCACACAACCAGUCCGCCCCCCCUCUCUGCGAUGUGAAGUUUUCAAACUAGUUAUAAGCAGACCACAUCCUAUAUGAAGCGUUACUCAGUUUCAAUUCUUCAUAUUUGGUACAAUGGCGUCUCGAGAUGUGGAAGAAGAUGUGAAGUGCUCCAUCUGUCUGAACAUUUAUACGAAUCCUGUGACCCUGAAAUGUGGACACAACUUCUGCCGGGGCUGUAUUAAGACAGAUAUGGACACCAAAGAGGGAAGUCGUUUGGAUUUCAGCUGUCCUCGGUGCAGGAAGAGAUUUCGAAGAAGACCCGCACUGCAUAAGAAUACAGAUCUCUCCAACAUUGCUGAGAAGGUGAAAUCCUUGGCUGGUCAGGAGAACAGAAAAUGUUCCGAACAUGACAAGAUCCUGGAGUAUUACUGCACAGAGGACGGUACCUGUAUCUGUGUGUUGUGCUGGUUAGAUGGAGACCACGAGGAACAUGAGGUGGAGCCUCUGGAGAAGGCCUAUGAGAAGAAGGAGGACACAUUAAGAAACGAUCUGCAGAAACUGAUAGCAGCCAGAGAGAAGACUGAGAAGACAGUCCAGGAUCUGCACCAACGCACUAAACACACCGAUAAAAUAAAGAAGAAAGUCGCCGCAUUGUUUAAAGACAUCAGGAAACAUGUGGAUGAUCUGGAGAAGCGAGUCCGGAGCGAGCUCUCCCGGCAUGAAUCCACCCCUGAUCUAUUCCAGAAGCUGGAACUAGAGAAGGAAGAACUGUCCAAGAAGAUCGAUCACAUGGAGAAGCUGAAGACGGCCGAUCCGAUAACGCUCCUACAGGAUCAGGAAUCGUAUAGACCUUCUAGAGAGGACACGUGGUUACCGGAUAAUGAGACUUGUGGACCGGAUGAAUUUAUCAUUUCAAUGAUGUUACAGAAAGGAUUAUCAGACAUGGAAAAGAUGAGGGACUCUCUUUUCCCUGUGUUGCCAAGUACAACCAUAACUCUGGAUAUAAACACUGCGGGUGAGAAGGUAGAAAUAUCUGAGGACCAGAAAUCUGCCAAAUCAACCGAUGAGACGCAGAAACCUCCAAACCCGGGAAACACAGUGAAGAAUGGUCAGGCUGUAAGCACACAACAGUUUUCUUCAGGGAAACAUUACUGGGUGGUGGAGGGAAGUACAUCAGGGUAUUGGGGGGUAGGGGUGUGUUACUCCAGUAUGAGGAAAGAUUGGGGAUGGAUAGGAAACGCAACCGAAUGCUCAAAUGUUUUAUGUGGGGUGAAGCACAAUUGUCAGACCAAUUAUCUACAUCACAAGAGUUCCUCUAACAGGUUCUUAGUGUAUUUGGAUUAUGAGGCCGGGCGUCUCUCCUUCUAUGAGAUCUCCGACCCCCUCCGUCUUCUCCACACCUUCACCGACAAAUUCACAGAGCCCCUCCGUGUUUCGCUCCAAGUGACAAAGUAUAAUAAUGAACACGGUCAGAUCACGGUGCUCCCGAAGGACGCCUGGUGUAACCCCAUGUUAGGACCAAUCACAUCCGUCUAGACGUCAAUCACAUGGAAGAUCCAGAUUGUACAGAUGUGAUUGGUCAGGAGCCGGAGAGAAUUUAUAAUUAUAGUUGGGGAAUAAUUUAAUGUACAAAGCAUAUGACAGGUUUAUCUGAACAAAUCAAAACCCUUCUGUUCAUUAAUAGUCAAUACAUGUAUAGUGGGGGGGGGGGGGUAUAUAAACCGCCUUAUAGUAGAAUAUACUGCAUAUACA